AUGGCCGCGAAGUCGGAUGGAGCGGCGGCCGCGGCCGGCCCGGGGCCCGAGGGGGCGGCUGGGGGGCCCCGGGGCGGUGCCGGCGAGCCCGGGGAGGCGGUGGCGGGCCCCGAGGGCCCGGGGGUGUCCGCGGCGGGCGGCACGGGGCCACGCUACGAGUUGCGCGACUGCUGCUGGGUGCUGUGCGCGCUGCUCGUGUUCUUCUCCGACGGCGCCACGGACCUGUGGCUGGCGGCCUCCUACUACCUGCAGGGUCAGCCCACCGUCUUCGGCCUCACGUUGCUCUUCGUGCUCCUGCCCUCUCUGGUAGUGCAGCUGCUCAGCUUCCGCUGGUUCGUUUACGACUACUCGGAACCCGCGGGGACCCCGGGACCCGCCGUCAGCACCAAGGACAGCGGCAUCGGCGCCCCCGCCAUCGGCACCAAGGACAGCGCCACCGCCUUCAGGACCGACGAAGGCGGCCCCGAGCUGGGUCCCGGGCCCCCCUCCGUCAGCUCCUACCGUCGCCGCUGCUGUCGCCUCUGCGUCUGGCUACUGCAGACCUUCAUCCACCUCCUGCAGCUCGGCCAGGUCUGGAGGUACUUGCACGCCCUGUACCUGGGCCUGCAGAGUCGCUGGCGUGGGGAGCGGCUGCGGCGCCACUUCUACUGGCAGAUGCUGUUCGAGAGCGCGGACGUGAGCAUGCUACGCCUGCUGGAGACCUUCCUGCGCAGCGCGCCGCAGCUGGUGCUGCAGCUCAGCCUGCUGGUCGACAAAGGCGGGGAGCCCGACCUGCUGCCCGCCCUCUCCACUUCUGCCUCCCUCGUGUCCCUGGCAUGGACACUGGCCUCCUACCAGAAGGUGCUGCGGGACUCAAGGGAUGACAAGCGACCCCUGUCCUACAAGGGUGCCGUGGCCCAGGUGCUGUGGCACCUGUUCACCAUUGCAGCCCGCAGCCUGGCCUUUGCCCUCUUUGCCAGUGUCUAUAAACUCUACUUUGGCAUCUUCAUUGUGGCUCACUGGUGCGUCAUGACCUUCUGGGUCAUCCAGGGAGAGACUGACUUCUGCAUGUCCAAGUGGGAGGAGAUCAUCUACAACAUGGUGGUAGGCAUCAUCUACAUCUUCUGCUGGUUCAAUGUCAAGGAGGGGCGCAGCCGCCGCCGCAUGACCUUGUACUACUGCAUCAUCCUGCUGGAGAACGCUGCGCUCACUGGGUUCUGGUACUCCAGCCACAACUUUGACUUUCAUUCGCUCAUCCUGGUCUGCAUGGUGGCCUCCAGCUUUGCGCUGGGAAUAUUCUUCAUGUGUGUCUAUUAUUGUCUCCUGCACCCCAAUGGGCCCAUGCUGGGUCCCCAGGUGCCUGGCUGCAUCUUCUCUGAGGCCCCAGGGCCCUGUGGCCCACCAGUUGACACUGUCACAAGUCCCCCAAGAUCCCUGCCAAGGACUACAGGCACAGAGAGGGAUGGGGCCUCAAUGGGGGGUGAACGCGCAGGGACCCCCACACCACCUGUCUUCCAGGUGCGGCCUGGCUUGCCUCCCACACCAGUAGCUCGGCCUGUGCGGACAGAGAGGCCUGUUAUUCGGAUUGACUUGCCUCGUAAGAAGUACCCAGCAUGGGAUGCUCAUUUUAUUGACCGCCGGCUCCGGAAGACCAUCCUGGCACUGGAGUAUUCCUCGCCUGCCACACCCCAGUUGCAGUACCGCAGCAUGGGGACUUCCCAGGAGCUGCUGGAGUAUGAGACCACAGUGUAGGCCACAGUCUUCCACAAAAGGGGACAGACAUGGUGACCCCACAUCAACCACAGUGUUGACCCAGAGUUUGAGGGCCACCAGGCUAAGGGGGAGUGGAUCUGUUGGUCCAAGGAUAAUGUAGCCCCAUCAUUGGGUUCAUUUAGGGGUGGGGGCAGCCUUUCAGAGGAGUCCCUGGCUCUAGGUUCUGUUUUCAGCCCUGUGGCCCAUUCCCUGAAGACCCCUGAACCAGGGCCUAGGGAGUUGACUGGUGCUACAUUCCUCACAAGCUGCCCCACUUUUAUUGGGGCCUUCAUACCAUGUCUGGUGCAGGGGGUGAUGCCCUUGCUCCUGCCUGCUGCUGCCCACCUGUCACCCCUGGUGGACCUAGCAGAGGAAGGGCACUGUCGAGUCCAUGGCCUAGGCCCUUUGCUUUCCAGUGGCUAUACUGAGUGGGCGGUCUCUGUGAUGGGAGAGAAUCUGAGAUGGAGGACAUGAUGGGAGGUGUGCAGUGAGUUGGGACAGCUUGUGGACAGGGUUGGCAUGUCCUGUAGGGUCUGAGACAAGAGGGCACUUGAAGGAGGGAGUUGGGGUGGGGGAAGUUGGGUGGGGACUGAUAGUGCAGAGAUGGACAAGAGAAGGAACCCUGAGGGCCCAGGGUGGCAGGAGAAUGGCAGGGUGAAGGUCUGGGGUGGGGAAUCUGCAAUCCAGACCAGAGAGUGUAAGGAACAUGAGCUCCUCAAGAGACACACUUUGUUGUAGAUUGGUAUGGAAGAGGUUCUAGACACCUCAGGUGAAUUUUUCAAGGAGCCAUUCUUUGUUCUAGAUGAGCAUCUGGAACAUUUCUUCUAGAUGAAGGUUUUGAACACAACAGAUAAAGUGUCUAGGAAGAUACUCUGUCUGGGCUCAGUUACAGAUGAGGUGGCAGCACAUACAACAGAGGAACUAUUCUAGAGACAUGCUUAGCUCUAUCUGAAGUUCUAGAACACAUGGCUGAUAAAAUAUCCUAGAGAGCUGAUGAUCUGUAUUCUGUUAGGAGAGGGAAGGAUAUAGGAGCAAGGACACUGCUCCACCGUGGGAAAUUCUAGUGUCCACAAUGGUGGCCAAGGGCAAGGGAGCCCUAGAACCCAGUGCAAAUCAAACAGUCUAGGCAUGGUGCUGCAGUUCUAGACUUCUGGAGCUUAUGAAAGUUCUAGGUCCCUGUCCAUCUUGGUCCACAGUCAUCUUUCUAAAAAGGAAGUUGUUCCCAGAACUCUGAGCUAUUUCAGCUGCCAACUGGUUCUCAGCAGGAAAAAUAAUAGCUGUGGGGACGUGACGUGAAUCCUGGCUAUCUGCCACCCUGCAGAUUCAGCUCUCUGGGGCAGUAUGUGGGAAACUGACUUAUUUUGCCUCAGAUCUGACAACCCCCCAGGACUCAUGGUCCAUUCCCAUGGCCCAAACAUCUUGGGGUAUGCACAGGACCACACAUCCAGGGCUGCUCCCCUGACCCAGGGAGCCAGUCCUAGAUGGGGUGCAGGAGUGUGGGGAUGGGAAAAUAGGUGGCCCUAUGGGUUGGAGUGAUGAAGCCUUUAGACAGAAAAUGGAACCCCUUCCCAUUCCCCAAACCAGCUAAGGUGGGGUCACUGGGAGGGGCCAGCAGGGGACAUUAGGGACAGAUGCAGACCCUGGCUAGGGGCAAGGUAGGCCAUGAGAAUCCUACACUAUGCAAAUUAAAAGGGGUGCUUAGCCCUCCCUGCUCAGUUCCCAUACAGGUUACAGAUGGGAAACUGAGGCCCAGAGUGGCAGCUGCUCUUACAAGGCCCUAGAUGGCUGGUUGUCCCAUCAAAUGGUGAUGGGUAAUAGAUACACUGAGGAUUCGAGGAGGGGGCCAUGCUCAGGGUGCAAAGAGGGCAGGACUGCAUGCACAUGCACGCGCGCGCACACAUACACACACACACACACACACACACAAGCACAUGUCACAUCUGUGAUACAAGUAACUCAGCCCCAGGCAGCACAAGUGGCUACACAGAAAGCACCAGGCCAAGAUGGUGUGUGUAUCCCUCCUGCCACACAGAAAAAUGCUUUUCCUUCUUCCUCUGCUUCUCUGAUUCCUUAGAAGCCUCAGGAACUCAAGAGCAAUGGGUGGUCCUAUCACGACCUAGGUCCACUCUGGUGGGCUCACCCAUACUCCUUGUCCUCUGCCCCACUCCAUCUCCUGAGACCUAAUUCUGUGGUCAGUUACACACGUCACAGCCUUUGCACCUUGAGCACUGCAGAUGGGGCUCAGACGAAACUGCCUGUUUUCCCAGGGCUGACUGUGUCAGGAACUUUCACCCCAUGCUGUUUCCCUUACACUUUCCCCUACUUUGGACAUCCAAUUAGAGGUGUUGUCUUCCCAUCCUACAGACAAGGAAACUCCAGAGUUCUGGAAUGGCCCAUCUGGAGAACUCUGGAGUGUAAAAUAACCUGCCAAGGCUGACCAUCAGGUGGCUGUGUUGAACUUCAGUUUCCUUGUCUCCUUCUCCAGCAUCCUAGAAUGAAAAGUCAGAAGUACCUUUCCUGAGAGCUGGGGGUCUUUUACCGCUCUGGAAGCUCCAGUGAGCUGGCAGUGCUAGUCAUGGCUUGAGGCUCAUGGGGGAAUCACAGCGACAUCCCCCCCUCCACGGGACCAGGGAUUGAACUCAGGACCUUGUGCUUGCAAGGCAGGUGCAGUGCCACUGAGCUAAAUCCCUAGCUCACAGCCACAUUUUUAAAAACUCAAUCCCACAAAACCUUCCCUCAGGACCUCUGCAUGUAAGAACAUCUGAACACCAGAAAAGGUCAUGAUCAAAGAGCCAGAGGAGAGGGCUGCAUGUACCUUUUCCUUCUUAGCCUCAGGAGAGAGCUCAGUCUUCUGACCCUGGAUUUCAGGACCCCAUCCUUCCUGGCCUGAGGCCCCCUCUCUGCUGGCCUGUUCCCUUGUUGCACUGGAAUAGAGGAAUCAGAGUGAUGGAGAUGGACAUCCCCCUGGAGCUAUUUCCUGUUCCUUUCUGUGACACAAUCUACCUCAGCCUGUCUGUCUUCCCUGCCAGAACUGGACCCCUUGGGUUCUUCGCUCCCCGUUCCCUGUAUCACCCCAGUCUGGAUGCGCAGUCCUUCCCAGGAUCCCUUCAAAGUCCCUGGUAUGAGAGAGGGCUCCAGAACCAUAACCCAGAGGGGCUCUUGGGAUCCCCUAAGCCACCUGCCCUCCACAUCCAUUAUACAGGAGAAACAGGCCUGGAGAGGGGCAGGCACUUACCCAAGAUCACACAGGAAAUCAGUAACGGAAUUAGGAUUUUCCUGGGGAUGAGAGGUGGUCAGAUUGUCUUAAUUUUGCCAGGAACAGAAGAGACACUCUGGUACCAAAGCGCCAGGAGGCCCUGCCCGCCCCCCCUGCCCCAGCAUCUAACCAUCCCCAUUCCUAGGGCAGACUUCUGUCUCCCUACUUCUUUGAGCUCCCACCCUUGAAAUGACCCCAUAGGCUGCUGACUGUGCUCCCCAACCUCUCCAGGCACUGAGCACCCCUUGUCACACAUCCACACACUGACAUAACAUGUGCCUUGUAAUAGUCACCCCAGCUGAGCAACACAGGCCUCCAUCCUCCCUAGCAAGGGCUCCCCAACAAGGGAGGCAUUCUUGGUCCCCUCCUUUCCUCCACCUCAUUCUUUUACCUCCCCCAAAUCUUCCUUAUCCUUGGCCAGCUCUCUGUGACACUUGUGUCUCCCUGGAGCUGGGUCACCCAUGAGAGUUGGGAAAGCAGAGGCCUGGCAGGCCUAGAUCUCCAGGUGAGGACCAGGGAGCUGGGACUGUGCAGGAAAGUGCUGGUUUGGCAGCCCCAAAGCCCCCCGAAGGUCAAAAUUCUUCAGGUUCUUCCCUUGGAGACAUCUGGGCUGGCACUGGGGGCAUGGGGAGAAGGUUCUCUUGGGUAAGUUCAUAGCCUGCAAACUCAAAUGUGUGCAGGUAAUGCAAACUAGAGAAGUAGAGGGAUCAACAGGAUGGGAGAGCCCUCUGGCAAACAAGUCAGUGUGCGCCCUGCCCAUUGUCACUGAAGUCCAGUUUUUUACAAACAUAUUGUGCUGGCCAAAUUAAACACCCAUACCAGAGCCACCAGUUUGAAACCUUCAGUUCAAAAUGUUGAGAAGAUUCUGAAAAGACCUGCAGAGCCUAGAAACCUUUUGGGAAGUCAGGGACAGAGGUCUUGGCUUCCUCUGAGACUUAGAGUCUAACUACACCCCUGUCACCUGGCCAUCUCAAAGAAGACCCCACUCCUCCUUCAGCUGGAAAGGAGAGGGAGGUUUGGGAAUCCACAAAGAGCCUGACUUGGGAACCAUCAACUAGUAAGGGCUAUGGGCCCAGCCAGAGCCUCUGGGCAGCUUAGGAUCUGGAGUCUUCUCUUUUUGGGGGGAGGUGGUAGUUCUGAUUAGGAGGAACCUGCAUCAGGUAAGGGGGAGAGUCCAGGCACAGGAUGAAGACUGAAAGUGGGACCCACUGGCCCCUGGGACCUCCGUCCUUCCCCUCCCAAGCUGAGGACAGGUGGAAGAGAGCUCUGUUUCUAUACUAAAGUGCUUUGUGCCCUCUCAAUGGAAGAGACUGAGUGCCAAGCCACAUAGGCAGCUGUGGGGCAGGGGCCUGAGUCCCUCUUCCCAGCCAUAGGGGUUUCUGAGACCCUAGGCUGGGUGGGGGGACAGGAAGGAGACUGUAAUCUGCCAUUCUGACUGGGGAGGGAUAUGACAUUCCCAGUCCUUGGUUGCUGCAGGUAGGGGCAAGUAGAGGAAGAAGGCUGGAGCAGGAUGCAGUGGGAUAGGGAGGCCCAACCCAGCCUGGCCUGGCUGAGCUGCCAGAGCCUGCCUGGCACAAAACUCUCUGAGGGACACAGGGAACUGCCUGUCUUUAGCUUCUUCCCCUCUAACCUUCUCUUGAGAAGAAAGCAGCCCUCUCCCCUGCAACCCUGGCCUUUAUUCUAUGCACAAUCACUGUAAGGGCCACCCAGGCCAGGCUAGAGAGAUGGGGACCUAGGGACACUGCAAUAAUCUCAAUAGUGGAGGGGACCCUGGGACAAAGAAGGGGUAAAGACAGCACCAGGUGGGAAAAGAAAUUCCUCCAUCCCUCUGGCACUCAAAUUCCAGAAUCCAUCCAGAUCUACCGUGGCCCCCUCCCUGCUUUCUUUUCUGCCUGUCUGCAUUGGGCUAAGCUCCCAAACAUGGAGGGGCAAACAGACCCUGACCCCACUGGAAGGACCAGGAACCAUUCCCAGGACCCUCACUUAUUCUUUUCACCCCUGAUAAUCCUGUGCUUUGGGAGAUCUGUCUUUUCUCCCAAGCAGAGCUCCUUUCUUGAUGAAGGAUUCAUUUUGCCACAUUAACUCAAACUGAGAUUCUGAUUGCAGUAAAUGAUGCCAAGGCCUCAAGUGAGCUUUCAGGGCUUGAGGGUGAGGGGUUUCUGUAUUCUAUUGGAUUGCUUACUCUCAAAAGCACUCAUGGAUGCCCAUUCCUACCUCCAUAGACCCUCAGGCAGGCUUUGGCAGCUCAACUUGGGAAUCAGUGGUUUAGUUGCCCACCAUCCUAUUUUAUGGAAGGGGCAGGCCUAGAGACAGGAGGCAGCCUGCCCAAGUUCACACAGAAAGCUGAUGGCAGAGUAGGACCAGAACCCAGGUCCUUUGGGAGAAGGUCCCACCAGAACCCCCCGCACCCCCAGCUCUGAUCCCUCUGCUCCACUUUUUCUCCAGGAAUCACUAGCCAUGCCUGAGGGGCUGAUUUCCCUCUGUCAGCACAAUUCCAGGUGAUUCCCUUUAUGUUCCUUCUUCCCUCCUUGAUCAACCCCCACCCUGCUCCUUCUGUUUCCUAGUCCCAGUCCCACUUCCUGAUAUUUACUACAUCUGUGCCAUUCCUAGUCCCCUCACCCCCACUCACCCUUCUGAGCUUCCCCCAGGAGGGGGUGGGGGCCCCAAGCUGUGGCUUCUGUACUAAGACUCUUUUGUACUCCACAAACUUUUUGUAUAUUUUUAAUUUUGCUGCAACAUGAGAUAUUAAAAGUCAUUUCAGUACA